AGACGAUCUUUGACCGCGCUCCUCCUCCCCGCUCCCUUGUCUUGUCCGUCGACAGGAAACGAGCAGCUGGCUUCGCGUCUGUAAUCGUCGGCUGCCGCCAAGCGGACAAUAAAUCGACUAUAUCUUGGGAGCAUCCUUUUGACCAGGUCAGAGUCCGUCGAGGAGCCGAGGGGAUGUCCGUCGCGGGAUUGAAGAAGCAGUUCCACAAGGCCACGCAGAAAGUCAGCGAGAAGGUGGGCGGCGCCGAAGGCACCAAGCUCGACGAUGACUUCAAGGAAAUGGAGAAGAAGGUGGACAUCACAAGCAGAGCGGUUCUGGAUAUCAUGACCAGGACUACGGAGUACCUGCAGCCCAAUCCAGCAUCCAGAGCCAAGCUAAGCAUGAUCAACACCAUGUCCAAAAUACGCGGACAAGAAAAGGGACCCGGAUACCCUCAGGCUGAGUCUGUCCUGGGAGACGCUAUGUUGAAGUUUGGACGAGAGCUGGGGGAGGAGUCCAGCUUUGGCCUGGCGCUCAUGGACGCUGGGGAAUCGAUGAAAGAGCUGGGCGAGGUGAAGGACGCUCUCGACAUGGAAGUCAAACAGAACUUUAUUGACCCGCUGCAGAACCUCCACGACAAAGACCUGAAAGAGAUCCAGCACCACCUGAAGAAGAUGGAAGGACGCCGCCUCGACUUUGACUACAAGAAGAAGCGACAGGGGAAGGUGCAGGACGACGAGAUUAAACAAGCGCUGGAGAAGUUUGACGAGAGCAAAGAGAUCGCCGAGCAGAGCAUGUUCAACCUUCUGGAAAGCGAUAUCGAGCAGGUGAGCCAAGUGGCGGCGCUGGUCCAUGCCCAGCUGGAGUACCACAGCCGCACCACUCAGAUCCUUCAGCAGCUCUCCAGCAAGAUGGAGGACAGGAUAAAGGAAGUGUCCAGCAAACCCAGGAAGGAGUUUGUUCCCAAACCUCGCAUGACUUUGGAGCUACUGCCCCCGAGCGAGAAUCACAACGGCGGUCUUCAUUCUGCAAAAUCCCCUGGAAGAUCACCAGCCCCGCUGGAUCAGCCGUGUUGCCGGGCGCUCUACGACUUUGAACCGGAGAACGAAGGCGAGCUGGGUUUCAAAGAAGGCGACGUCAUCACACUGACCAAUCAGAUCGACGACAAUUGGUACGAAGGAAUGAUCCACGGCCACUCGGGCUUCUUCCCCAUCAACUACGUAGACAUACUGGUGCCGCUCCCGCAUUAAGGCCCGCCGCCGCUGCCCAGCACGACCUUUGCCGAGGUCCACGAAUCCCCGCCUCCUCCUUAUUCUUCUGUGCUUUGUGCGACUGCGUGACGUCAUGAUUGGCGGCCGCCUGCCGGCUGCAGGACUCGAGUUGGAAGAAGAGAGGUGAGCGUGUCCGCAUGAGACCGCGUGAGGAUCUCCACGCCGCCACGGGGCGCUGUGGCAUAAAUGUGCGUGCCGUCUUCCUUGCGUCUUCAGCAUUGCUCUCUCCUUUUCUUCUUCCACGCCACGUUUGCAUGAGGCGGCCUUUUCGCAUCAUGGGGGGGCGGGGUCUUCUCAUGACAACGCCGACGUCAGUGGUUUUUUUUGUCGAGCGUCUGCUUGUUGGCGUGUCUUUCUUGUGGCUGUUGCAUGCAAGGCUGUGUGAAGGAGGCGGACAUUACUUCUUGCAUCACAAAAGGUCGCUGUGUUAUCAGACCGCCAAAGGGGCGGCUGUGUGUGAGGUGAAUCAUUUUUUAGUAGACGCUAAAGUAUUCAAUGUUGUCAGGCACGUGUAACCAAGUGUGCUUCUAGACCAUUGGUGUCCAAGGUGUGGCCUGGGGCAAAAAGUAAAAUUUAAAAAAACAACAGCAGCAACAAAAGUGGAAAAAAUUAGGUCCUGGGUUGUCCAAAGUGCAGCUUGUUUUCAAUUGGUCCAGCCCCAUUAUACAAUUUCACAAAAAAACAACAAAAGUUGAAACUCAGCAAAAAAGCUUAAUGUUAUGAUAAAAAGUUAAAAUGUUUACAAUGAACAGAAAAAGCACUUUCGAUGGAAAUUGCGUGCGAAUGCUGAAAAGUUGAAGCUAAACUGAAAUGCGAAGAGGUAGCACGCUAGACAGAAAAGUUAUAUACUUUGUUACCUGACCCUAACUGCAUACUUAUAUAACUUUGAGGUGUAUACUUGCAAGAAUAGCAAAACAAGCUAACAUGCUAACAGUAAACGUGUGUCAAGUACCAACAUAUAUGAUUCCGAGGUGUAUUAAAGUUAAAGUUAAAGUACCAAUAAUUGUCACACACACACACUAGGAGUAGUGAAAUUUGUCCUCUACAUUUGACCCAUCCCCUUGUUCACCCCCUGGGAGGUGAGGGGAGCAGUGGGUACCAGCGGUGCCGCGCCCGGGAAUCAUUUUUGGUGAUUUAACCCCCAAUUCCAAUCCUUGAUGCUGAGUGCCAAGCCGGGAGGUAAUGGGUCCCAUUUUUAUAGUCUUUGGUAUGACUCGGCCAGUGUUUGAUUGAUUGAUUGAGACUUUUAUUAGUAGAUUGCACAGUACAGUACAUAUUCCAUACAAUUGACCACUAAAUUGUAACACCUGAAUAAGUUUUUCAACUUGUUUAAGUUGGGGUCCAUGUUAUUCAAUUCAUGGUAAACUCACAACCUACCGAUCUCAGGGCGGACACUCGAACCCUUAGGCCACUGAGUAGGUACCUACAUAAAUAACUGAAAAUGACAGCAUGCUACUGUUAGCAUGUUAACUUUACCAUGCCAGCAAUUGAUUAACAUGAGCACGGUGCAUUAUGACUCUGGAAUGGUUUGAAUCAGUUGGUGAAUGUGGAAAUUGGGACGUUUGAAAUUGUAUUUAUUAUUUUUGAAUGGGAAAAAUGUCCCAGAAAAUUUGGAAUUUCAGACAAUAAAGAAUUUUUUUUUUAACUAUAGAAAAAAUGGUCAUGCGCAUGACAUGAAUGAACUGAACAUUGUGAAAGUGGCAUGGUUUGAAUCAGAUGGAAAAUGUUGGAAGAAAAGACAGACAAAAUUAGGGUGGAAUAAUGCUUUUCAGCAUUCACACUAUAAGGUAACCACUUUGUUAGAUACAACACAGAACUGUUUUGUAUUUGCUGCUGCAUUUGGCCUUUUAUUUUUUGACAAAAUGAGAAUUCUUAAAAUGGCUCCUCACACCUUCUGGAUUUUUUUUGUAAACCGCCCUUGAUGGAGAUAGUUCGGACACUCCCUGCCUGCACUAUGCUAGCAGUCCUCCAGAUGAACAGCGUUCAAAGUGUAUAAAGUGUUUACCAUGCAAACAAACAAACAGUAUGUGUCCACUCCAGUGGUCUCGGUAUUAAAUGUGCGUUAGCAUGGCUAAAGCUAACGGCUAAUGCUAGUUGGCUACCUGUUAGCCACUCACCAUGCUGUUCACACUAACACUAAAAAGUGUCAAGGAUGUACCAGUCAAAUGCUUGUUUUCAUCAUUACUUUCCUCCCGAGUCGACAUUGUGAAGUGUAACUUGUGGACAGGAAUCUUCAAAUGUGUUGUCAGCUCAACAAGUGAGCUAACAUUAUGACGAGCCUGAAUCUCGCACAGCUGCUAUCUAUAUGGAUAUCAAUGAGUAUUGAUCACAAAGGCAAUAAAAUAUAGCUUACAAUGAGCUCUUUAGCACCCUAAGACGUCGCCGUCGUUUCUCGGUUCUGUUGAGUUGGUUGGUGUUGUGGUCUUCGGAGGUCACUGCCAGGUUUGUUUGCCCCACCUGAUGUCGUCUCCAUCGGCACUUACACUCCCAAGUAAAUUUCCUCAUCGUAUGUUUUAUUUUUUUUUCCCACCUGGAUGGAGGCAUGUUUUCUGGCCUCCAUGAGGGACCUGUGCAGCCUCGGUCAGACCCUGGUAAGAAUAAUAGCCUACUUGAGUCAGUAACAGGACCUUUCUUUGACCUCCAGCUGCUCCAUAAUACAGUUUGCCUUGUAUAAAAUGGCCUCAUCAAUCUGCCUGCUUUUUCUGCCGAGCUACGUUGUUGUUUAUAAUUGUAAUGAUCACCGAUUUAUUCCUGUGUCUUAUUUAUUUAUGAGCAGCUGUGGUGGAGGGGGCGUGGUCCAAGCGAGCUGUUGCUCCCCUCUUAUGGGAUGAUGGUAAUGAUGACAAUGUGUAUGUAUAUACCUGUUGUGAAGGUGACCAGCAAUGUACUGACAAUAAAAGAUUCACACGACACAAAUCGCUAUG